UCAUUGGUGGCAUGUUCGUCACCUAUUACGGUACUACUGCUACCUUCCGCUGGUACGGCAUAGCUUGUCUCUUCGUCCUUGGAUUCUUCAUCUUUGUCAACUUCUAUCGCAAGGAGCAGGGCUUCAUUUCGGAAAUUCCAGUUACUGAGGAUCCACAUCAGGUGGCUGAGGAAACUUCCCAUUUGGCUCCUCACGGCGUUCCCAGCAAUCCGAUUCCACGAGCACUUUCCAACUCCCGGCUGAACGAAAUGAAUCCCAAUGGAGGACCCUACGGAACUUACCAGACAACUGGCGGAAAUCUGGACAUUCCCGGCGCCAACCAGCACAAUCCGUUUGCCCAGUAAAUGGGGGGCUCAUCAUCUUAGCCAUACCAUCAAAGCCACAGAGGAAAUCUGCAGAAAAGAGUUUAAAGAAAAAAACAUUGAAAAACGAACAAAGUAUAACCGCAAACAUAUCUUGGACAUUGGCCUGCAA